AAGUUUGCGAUUACAAAACAUUUAGCAUGGCCGACAGAACUGGAAAUGAGGAGAGCCGUGCGCCGGAGAAACUGGAUAUGGGCAAUGAUCAUUUUAAUCCACUGCUUGCGCUAUAUGCCGCCAAAUGUAAGAUGACGGAAAAUGGCCAGAAGUACUCCCUCAAAAUCAGGUCGUAUUCGAAAACGCGCUGACAAAAUUUGGCGUUUGGCAGCUAAAAAACGUACAUGGAUAAAUCGAUGAACUCAAAGACAUCAUGGUUAAGAAUAUCGAUAGUCUGCGUGAUCGGGGCGAGAAACUGGAGCUGCUAGUCAAUAAAACCGAGAACUUGAGCAAUAAUUCGGUUGCAUUCCGCAAGGCAUCGCGAAAUUUGGCGCGCCAAAUGUUUUGGAAGAACAUGCGGGUCUACUUUAUCGUUGGCCUAGUGAUUUUAUUCAUUAUUUAUGUAAUUGUGAGCAUGGCCUGUGGCGGUCUCACCUGGCAAACGUGCCUCCAUUAAAGUUUACAUUGUUAUUA